AUGCUGUCCCCCCCGGCCUACGACAGCCUGGAGCUGCAGCGGCAGUACGGCGACGUCAACAACCGCUGGGACGGGGCCGAGGAGGAGGAGGAGGAGGGCGACCAUGAAGGCAGCUCGGCUCGACGCUUCGAGCGCUCCCGCAUCAAGGCGCUGGCCGACGAGCGCGAGGCGGUGCAGAAGAAGACCUUCACCAAAUGGGUGAACUCCCACCUGGCGCGGGGGACCUGCCGGCUGGGGGACCUGUACAGCGACCUGCGGGACGGCCGCAUGCUGCUGCGCCUGCUGGAGGUGCUCUCGGGGGAGCAGCUGCCCAAGCCCACCAAGGGCCGGAUGCGGAUCCACUGCCUGGAGAAUGUGGACAAGGCGCUGCAGUUCCUCAAGGAGCAGCGGGUUCACCUGGAGAACGUGGGCUCCCACGACAUCGUGGACGGCAACCACCGCCUCACCCUCGGCCUCGUCUGGACCAUCAUCCUCCGCUUCCAGAUCCAGGACAUCAGCGUGGAGACAGAGGACAACAAGGAGAAGAAGUCGGCCAAGGACGCGCUGCUGCUCUGGUGCCAGAUGAAGACGGCGGGGUACCCGAACGUGAACGUGCACAACUUCACCACGAGCUGGCGGGACGGGCUGGCCUUCAACGCCAUCAUCCACAAGCACAGGCCGGACCUGGUGGACAUGGACGCGUUGCGGCGAUGCAACGCGCACUACAACCUGCAAAGCGCCUUCAACCUGGCCGAGCGCGAGCUCGGUCUGACCACGCUGCUGGAUCCUGAGGAUGUCAACGUGGACCAGCCGGAUGAGAAGUCCAUCAUCACCUACGUAGCCACCUUCUACCACUACUUCUCCAAGAUGAAGGCGCUGGCGGUGGAGGGGAAGCGCAUCGGGAAGGUGCUGGACGCGGCGCGGGAGGCGGAGGAGCUGGUGGGGAAGUACGAGGAGCUGGCAGGCGAGCUGCUGGGCUGGAUCGAACAGACCAUCCUCACCCUCAACGACCGGCAGUUGGCCAACGCGCUGCCCGGCGUCCAGAACCAGCUCCAGGCUUUCAACACCUACCGCACCGUUGAGAAGCCCCCCAAGUUCAUGGAGAAGGGCAACCUGGAGGUGCUGCUCUUCACCGUCCAGAGCCGGAUGCGGGCCAACAACCAGAAGGUCUACGUGCCGCGGGAGGGGAAACUCAUCUCUGACAUCAACAAGGCCUGGGAACGGCUGGAAAAAGCGGAGCACGAGCGGGAGCUGGCGCUGCGCACCGAGCUCAUCCGGCAGGAGAAGCUGGAGCAGCUGGCGGCGCGAUUUGAUCGCAAGGCGGCCAUGCGGGAGACCUGGCUGAGCGAGAACCAGCGCCUCGUCUCUCAGGACAACUUCGGGACGGACAUGUCGGCUGUGGAGGCGGCGGUGCGGAAACACGAGGCCAUUGAGACGGACAUCGUGGCUUACAGUGAGCGGGUGCAGGCGGUGAGCGCGGUGGCGGCCGAGCUGGAGGCUGAGCGUUACCACGACAUCCGCCGCGUCCUGACUCGUCGUGACAACGUGGUUCGGCUCUGGGAUUUCCUCCGGCAGCUGGUGGCUGCCCGCCGCGAGCGGCUGCUGCUGCACCUGGAGCUGCAGAAGAUGCUGCAGGACCUCGUGCAUCUCAUGGACUGGAUGGAGGAGAUGAAGGGUCGGCUGCAGUCGCAGGAUUUGGGGAAGCACCUGCACGGGGUGGACGACCUGCUGCAGAUCCACGCGCUGGUGGAGGCUGACAUCGCAGCGCAGGCGGAGCGGGUGCGGGCGGUGAGCACCGCGGCGCAGCGAUUCGCCAUGCCCGCUGAGGGCUACCAGCCCUGCGAGCCGGCAGCGGUGCGGGAGCGCGUGGCCACGCUGGAGCUGCGUUACCGGGAGCUGGCGGAGCUGGCGGGACAGCGCCGGGCUCGGCUGGAGGAAUCGCGGCGGCUCUGGAAAUUUUUCUGGGACACCGGGGAGGAAGAAGCCUGGAUGCGGGAGCAGGAACGUCUCCUCUCCUCUGAGGACGUCGGCCGGGAUCUGACCAGCUCCCUGCGCCUGCUGAGCCAGCACGACGCCUUCCGCGGGGAGCUGAGCGGGCGUGCGGGGCCACUGGAGCAGGCGCUUGCCCGAGGCCGGGGUCUGGCGGCCGAGGGCCGGCUAGGGGCGGCCGAGGUAGCCGAGCGGGUACGGGAGAUGGAAGGACGUUGGCGAGCGUUGGCCGAGCUGGCGGCCGAACGCGAGCGACGCCUGCGGGAAGCCGCCGGCUUCUUCCAGUUCCAGGCGGAGGCGGCGGACACAGAGGCCUGGUUGGAGGACGCCCUGCGCCUGGCGUCCAGCCCCGAGAUGGGCCACGACGAGUAUUCCACCCGCAGCCUGGCCCGGCAGCACCGGGAAGUGCAGGAGGAGGUGCGGAGCCACCGCCCCGCCAUCGACGCCCUGCACGAACAGGCUCGCGCCCUGCCACCCGCCUUCGCCGACUUUCCCGGCGCGGCCGGUCGGCUGCCGGCGCUGGAGCGGCGUUACCAGGAAUUGGCGGCGCGAGCCGAGCGCCGGCGGCAGGACCUGCAGGACGCUCUCAGCCUCUACACCAUGCGCAGCGAGGCGGACGCCUGCGGGCUGUGGGUGGGCGAGAAGGAGCAGUGGCUGCACGCCAUGCACGUCCCCGACAAGCUGGAGGACCUGGAGGUGGUGCAGCAGCGCUUUGAGACGCUGGAGCCGGAGAUGAAUAACCUGGCGUCCCGCGUGGCCGCUGUCAACCGCAUCGCCGACCAGCUGCUGGCCACCGACCAGCGCAACCAGGAGAGCAUCCGUGCCACCCGUGAGCAGCUCAACGCCAGGUGGGAGCGGUUCCGCGCGCUGGCCGACCAGAAGAAGGAGGCGCUGACGUCGGCCCUGAACAUCCAGAACUACCACCUGGAGUGCAACGAGACCACGUCCUGGAUGCGGGAGAAGACGAAGGUGAUCGAGUCGACGCAGGGGCUGGGCAACGACCUGGCUGGUGUCAUGGCCCUGCAGCGCAAGCUCUCGGGCAUGGAACGCGACCUAGAAGCCAUCCAGGGCAAGGUGCGGGACUUGCGAGCCGAGGCGGAGAAGUUGGCAGCCGAACACCCGGAACAGGCGCCUGCCAUCCUGGCCCGGCUGUCGGCCAUCGAGGCGGUGUGGGACGAGCUGUGCCGCAGCCUGCGGCGACGCGAGGAGUCGUUGGGGGAGGCCAGCAAGCUGCAGGGCUUCCUGCGGGAUCUGGCCGCCUUCCAGGCCUGGCUAUCCCGCACCCAGACGGCCGUGGCCUCCGAGGACGUGCCGGCCACCCUGGCCGAGGCUGAACGGUUGCUGAGUCAGCACGAGAGCAUCCGUAAGGAGAUCGCCCACUACGGCGACGACUACCGCAGCACGCGAGCCGUGGGCCGGGAGGUGACGCAGGGACAGACGGACGCGCAGCACGUCUUUCUGCACCAGCGCCUGGAAGCUCUGGACACGGGUUGGGAGGAGCUGGGGAGGAUGUGGGAGAACCGCCACCAUCUCCUCUCCCAAGCCUUCGCCUUCCAACUCUUCCUCCGUGACUCCAAGCAGGUUGAGGGCGUCCUCAGCACCCAGGAGUACGCCCUGUCGCACACGGAGAUGCCCAGCACGCUGCCGGGAGCCGAGGCUUCUGUCAAGAAGCACGAGGACUUCAUGGCCACCAUGGAGGCCAACGGGGAACGUGUCCAGGGGCUGGUAGCCACCGGCCGCAAGCUGGUGGCCGAGGGCAGCCUCCACGCUGACAAGGUGCAGGAGACGGUGGAUUCGGUGGAGAGCAGGCACCAGAAGAACCGGGACACAGCCCAGGAGCUGCUGGGGCGGCUACGGGACAACUGGGAGCUGCAGCGGUUCCUGCAGGAUGGGCAGGAGCUCACGCUCUGGAUCAACGAGAAGAUGCUGACGGCCCAGGACGUCUCCUACGAGGAGGCUCGCAACCUGCACACCAAGUGGCAGAAGCACCAGGCCUUCGCGGCCGAGCUGGCCGCCAACAAGGGCUGGCUGGAGAAGAUGGAGAAGGAGGGCCAGCAGCUGGUGUCGGUGAAGCCAGAGCUGGGGACGGUGGUGACGGAGAAGCUGGCGGCGCUGCGGGGGCUGUGGGACGAGCUGGAGUCGACCACGCGGACGAAGGCGCGGCGCCUGUUCGACGCCAACCGCGCCGAGCUUUGCGCCCAGUCCUGCGCGGCGCUGCGGGGCUGGCUGUCUGGCGUGCACGCCCAGCUGCGCUCCGACGACUACGGCAAGGAUCUCACCAGCGUCAACAUCCUGCUCAAGAAGCAGCAGAUGCUGGAGAAGCAGACGGCGGUGCGGGAGAAGGAGGUGGAGGCAAUCCGGGCGCAGGCACAGGCCCUCAGCCGGGAGGAUGCCAGCGCGGCCGAGGUGCAGGGGCAGGUCCGUGCCGUGGAGGAACAGUUCUUGGGGCUGCGGGAGCCGCUGCGGGAGCGUUGCCGAAAGCUCCUGGCCUCCAAGGAGGAGCACCAGUUCAACCGCGACCUGGAGGACGAGAUCCUGUGGGUGAAGGAGCGCAGACCCCUGGCUGUGUCCACCGACCAUGGCAAGGACCUGCCCUCCGUCCAGCUCCUGAUAAAGAAGAACCAGACGCUGCAGAAGGAGCUGCAGGGCCAUGAGCGGAGGGUGGAGGAGCUGCUGGGACGGCGCGGGGGGCUGUCAGGCCCAGCUGAGCGGGUGCGGGAGCUGCGGGAAGCCUGGCAGGAGCUGCGGCUGCAGGCGGAGCUGCGGCACCGGCGCCUGGAGCGGGCUCACGCCGCCCAGCAGUUCUACUGCGACGCCGCUGAGGCCGAGGCUUGGAUGGGCGAGCAGGAGCUGCACAUGAUGUCCCAGGAGAAGGCGAAGGACGAGCUGAGCGCCCAGGCCAUGGUCAGCAAGCACCUGGUGCUGGAGCAGGCGCUGCGGGACUAUGCCCACACCGUGCACCAGCUCUCGGCACAGAGCCGCGACAUGGUGGCCAGCGGGCACCCCGAGAGCGAGCGGCUGACGCUGCGCCAGGGCCAGGUGGACAAGCUCUACGCCAGCCUGAAGGACCUGGCGGAGGAGCGCCGGGCCACGCUGCAGGAGCACCAGCGGCUCUGCCAGCUCAAACGCGACGUGGACGACCUGGAGCAGUGGAUCUCGGAGCGGGAGGUGGUGGCCGCUUCCCACGAGCUGGGGCAGGACUACGAGCACGUCACGAUGCUGCGGGACAAGUUCAGGGAGUUCUCGCGGGACACCAGCAGCAUCGGGCAGGAGCGGGUGGACGGCGUCAACGGGCUGGCGGACACGCUGAUCGCGGCGGGGCACUCGGAGAACGCCACGGUGGCCGAGUGGAAGGACGGGCUGAACGAGGCCUGGGCCGAGCUGCGUGGCAGCAGCCAGGGCCGGCGCCGGCUGCUCCUCGACACCGUCGACAAGUUCCGCUUCUUGCGGGCGGUGCGGGACCUGCUGCUCUGGAUGGACGGCGUCCGCCUGCAGAUCGAGGGCCAGGAGCGCCCGCGGGACGUGUCCUCGGCCGAUCUGGUGAUCAAGAACCACCAGAGCAUCAAGGCGGAGGUGGAGGCGCGGGCCGACAGCUUCGACGCCUGCGUGGCCAUGGGCACUGCGCUGCUCGACAAGGGCCACUACGCCGCCGACAAGAUCUCGGAGAAGCUCUCGCAGCUGCAGGAACGCCGCCGGGACAUUGGGGAGCGCUGGAAGGAGAAGAUGGACUGGCUGCAGAUUGUGCUGGAGGUGCUGAUGUUCGGGCGGGAUGCCAGCAUGGCGGAGGCCUGGCUUUCCAGCCAGGAGCCCCUGGUACGCUCGGCGGAGCUGGGGGGCAGCGUGGCCGAGGUGGAGAACCUCAUCAAACGCCAUCAGGGCUUCCAAAAAGCGGCCGCCGCCUGGGAGGAGCGCUUUGCCGCCCUGGAACGCCUCACCACGGACAAGACGGCGGCCGAGGACGCCAUCCGCAACCUGCACCACCACAAGCUGCACGGCGUCUGCAUCAACGUGGAGGCCAGCAAGAACAAGAGCAAGGCCUCCACCAAACUGCACGUCGGCAACAUCAGCCCCGCCUGCACCAACCUGGAGCUGCGGGCCAAGUUCGAGGAGUACGGCCCCGUCAUCGAGUGCGACAUCGUCAAGGAUUAUGCCUUCGUUCACAUGGAGCGGGCGGAGGACGCGGUGGAGGCCAUCCGUGGGCUGGAUAACACCGAAUUCCAAGCUCCGGCUGCGCAGGUUGGGGGUGCAGCAGCAGCACCGGGGUGA